AUGGCUCCAGUUAAUCAAAAAAUUGAUAACGAAUCCAAUGUUUCAGCUGAAAAAAUAAGAAACAUUCAGAAAAAAUUGGCACAUGGUGAAAAAAAUAAAGAAAAGGAUCAGCAAGAAAAAGAAAAGUUAAUGCAAGAAAUUAAAAUGUUGAAGCAAGAAAAUAAAAUUUUGAAAGAAGAAAAAGUAAAUGAUCAGCAAGAAAAAGAAGACUUUAAAAAGGAGAUUGAAAAGCUUCAAAUUUUAUACGAAGCUAGCCAGAAAAAAAUUAAAGAAGUAGAAGAAAAGAUGAAACUUUUGCAAGUGGGGCAGAACAUUGUAAAAAAUAAAAAAUUGCCAAAAAAACCGAAAAAAAAAAGUGAUGAAGAUGAAAUUUUGGUCUGUCAAGAAGAAGAUCAUAAAAAUAAAAAAAAGGAGGAGGAAAGCAAUAGAAGGUAUCCACUUAGAAAUAGGAUACCUACUAUUGUUUAUUAUCCUCCUCAAUAA